UAAAGCAGUUCAUCGAAUGCAGAGGUUUAGAGAAGGGUGGGGCUCUGGUCAGAAUCCUUUGACAGGAAGCUUUGUGGGUCCGUGACUGUUUAAUGAAUGGGGGAGGCCCUACUGAACCCAAUAUAAAGGGGGGACACAGUAGGUGAAGGCUACACAUCAGGGCCUGGCUCUUGCAAAACCAAACCACAAGGCCGACUGGCAGAAGAAGGCAGAGCGCCACUAUGCCCAGCUCAGCACUGCUCUGUUGCCUGGUCUUCCUGGCUGGCAUGGGGGCCGGCCCAGCCCAGGGCAUGCCAUCUGAGAACAGCUGCACCCACUUCUCCACCAGCCUGCCCCACAUGCUCCGAGAGCUCCGAGCUGCCUUCAGCAGGGUGAAGACUUUCUUUCAAAUGAAGGACCAGCUGGACAACAUGCUGUUGAACGAGUCUUUGCUGGAGGACUUCAAGGGUUACCUGGGUUGCCAAGCCUUGUCGGAGAUGAUCCAGUUUUACCUGGAAGAGGUGAUGCCCCAGGCCGAGAGCCAGGGCCCCAACAUCAAGGAGCCCGUGAACUCGCUGGGGGAGAAGCUGAAGACGCUGAGGCUGCAACUGCGGCGCUGUCAUCGCUUUCUGCCCUGUGAGAAUAAGAGCAAAGCAGUGGAGCAGGUGAAGAGCACCUUCAGUAAGCUCCAGGAGAGAGGGGUCUACAAAGCCAUGAGUGAGUUUGACAUCUUCAUCAACUACAUAGAGGUCUACAUGACAAUGAAGAUGAAAAAAUGAAACAUGCAAGCAACAAAACAGCCAGGAUGGCGGCUCCCCUGGACUCUAGGACAUCGAUUAGAGAUCUCCAAAAUCCAACCCGGGUUCCAGGAGAGCCAAGCCAGCUCCUUGGAAAAUCUCGCCGUACCUCUCUCCUAGAAUAUUUAUUACGUCUGAUACCUCAACUCCCUUUGCUAUUUAUUUACUGAGCUUCUCUGUGAACUGUUUAGAAAGAAGCCUAAUAUUAUAUUUUUUUUCAAUAUUUAUUAUUUUCACUUGUGUUUAAGCUGUUCCCGUAAGGUAACAGCCUAUGGUAUUUAAGUGUUUUAAGACAAAUUGUAAGUUAUCUAUAAAGAAAAGGAAAUGUUUCUUGGGGAGCCAAUGGAAGCUUCCACUCCAAACCUGGUCUCGCUCUUUUGUCCCUGGGCCUGGGGCUCCCAGAAUGUUACAAAGAUCUCACUCUCUUAGGAAGAGAAACUUGGGAGCCCCUUUGAUCAUUCAUAUCCCAGCCGCUCAGGAAGAUCCCCCUGACCUCAUUCCCUAACCUCUUCAUUCUUGAAAGCUGUGGCCAGCUUGUUAUUUAUGACAGCCUAAAAUUGGUUCUAAUAGAACUCAGUUUUAACUCAAAGCAGUUCAAUUCCUCUGGGAAUGUUACAUUGUUUGUCUGUCUUUG